AUAGAGAUUUUGUCUAUAUCUAUAGAGAAACUUCCCAUAAUAUAGAAAAUUCUACUAUAAAGUAGAGGCUUUAUCUAUAACAAGAUCCCUGUUUAUCCUAUCUAUUGAUAGGUAUAGACAAACCCUCCAUAGGCAUAGUAGAAUCGUCCAUGGAUAUGGUCACGUUGCCACCGUAGUGAUAUCCAGGGCGGUUUUCAAAGGGCACGCUGUGGUGCCGAGCACCUCGAACUGCAACAGCGCAUAUUCGGAUCAGACACACAGGAGACCUCAAUCGUUUCCUCGACGCUCGUCCACAUGCUCUCGUAGGAAUCCUAUUAGUUAAUAAAGCUCCAGACUGAUCGAUCAGCGUUGAAACACAUGAAGUAGAAUUGGAAAGAGAGAUAUCUCACGUGACAUCUCACCCAACCAGAGACACUGGGCAGUUCAUCCAGUCUCAAGCCCAUCUGUCAAACAGGAUCACCAAACACCAUCUCAGCGACUCGCUGACAUCUGAAAAUAUGUGAGACCCCUCCACCCAUUGACGUAGCCAAGAUCCAUCAUCUCACAAACAAGUGUGUUUCAGCUCGUCGCACUCUCCGCGACUCGCUCGCGAAUGAGGAGGGCUCUUCGCGAUCGCAUGGCUGAGACCCUUGUAGGGAGAUCCGCUCCGCCACACUUUGGAGCCAGGACCAUCCAGAGUUAGGUAUGCUGGCGAUCGCUCGUGUGGAUAAUUUAAUCAGGACAUCCCUUUUUCUUCAUUCUGUUUGCUGUUGAAUUUUGUUGCUGGAUUGCUGAGCUUUUGAAUUUGUGAAUCCGGCAAAUACUUUCUUUUUCAUAGGCUGACAUCAUGGCCAACUCGUUCAAUUGUUCGUUUGUCCCUACCGAGACGGCGACUGAUGCUGGUGUGGCGGGCACAGGGGUUCUUCUUUCAUUUAUCGUCACAGCCGGCAUCUCUCUCAUCAUGUCCAUUAUCAUCGUGCUUCACGAAGUACGUCGAGGAUCAGAAGCGAAAGUGCUGCGGAAGCUCCUCCUGUCCCUCAGUGAUCAACAGGUCAUCACUGGUAUUGGUAUCCAGAGCGUGGCUCUGGCGAAGAUGAAAACGAUGGUUCCGUACCACUUCUUCAUCGUUUGGAUGUUGUCGCUACUGUCGACGGCAACGCAUGUUGGGACUUUGUUGGCGCUGGUGAAUGAUUUCAAGCGUGACUGGGUCCUGAGAUGGCUGAGACAAUUCUUCAUGUUUGUAAACUUGGUCCUGUCUAUCGUAUCUGGAAUCUUCAUCCUCAUGUCGGUCAUGAGAGAUGUGAAGCCGACAUUGCCUAUCGCCUGUGUUUGGGAGGUUGAAUCCACCGGAGCGCCAUCGAAUGCUGGGACAUCGAUUGCUGGAACCAUUGGUGUGAUGGCUGGCCAACUCGUCUUCUUCCUUGUCGGAGUCUGGUACUUGCAUGUGAAGAAUCGGAAAUGGUUGAGGGCUGUUCAGUUGGUGGGAUUGCUGGUGUUGGGAGCUAUUGGAAUCGGUGCUGCGAUUCGAGUCAUUCUGUUGUCACAGGCUUUUGGGACUCCGUCUGUGACUCUGGCGGAUACGGGAGAGAAGGAUUGGAGUUUUGGACAACUGCUUCCUCUGUUGUUACUUUUGUUGCCUUUGGUCUCGGCUGUUGAGAUCAUGCGAGGUGAAAUGAAAGUACCAUCCCCGAUCGUGGAUGACCACUCAGCACCUUUGCUGAUUGGAGGGGAGAAGCUUCCUGGUGAUCGAUCAUCAUUCCAGCCAAAUCCAUUCUGGGGAAAUCAGAAGAGUCGAUUCAGUAAGUGGUAGUCGGACAAUAAAAAAAACCAUAGAACGACAGGAAGACAACAACGACAUCAAGUUGAAGAUGCAUGAUUGAUAUACUGCGGUGCCAUAGAUGGCCCGAGAGUACCUGGAGCAUAUACCAGGAAGUAUCACCUCCUCUCACAAGGCGCCGAGAGACCUUCCGCGCCAAGAGUGAUAUUGGACAUCGUCUUCUGAGAAAGUCUGAUGAUGCACAGGUGCAAGACUAGGAUACUUCCUCGCUAUGGCCGAAGUUGAUCCUACCACAUAGAUUCAAGUAGUAGGCAAAUAAAGAAUGAUAAGAACUUCCAUAAAAGGCACGAGACUGCUCCCAAUAGAACCUUAAGCCAUCAAAACUGCCUCCAAGGAGGUGGUAGAGGAAGCUUUUGUGUAACGCAUUUGAGUUUUAUAUCAAGAUAAACAUUGAAAACUAUUAAGAAACAAUCCGUCUGUUGUUGCGAGGCUGGCAGAUGAUUACUGAAGGGGGAGGAGAUC